GGCUGAAAAGGCGGCGUCGGAGAGGCGUGGGCGCCCCGCAGACCCUCCCCGCUGCUCCGGGCCGCGGCCGCGGGUUCGGUCCGGCCGCCGGCGCGCUCGUCGUCCCCGGGUCAGGAUGAAGCUGGCUCUGCUCCUGCCCUGGGCGUGCUGUUGCCUCUGCGGGUCGGCGCUGGCCACCGGCUUCCUCUACCCCUUCCCGGCCGCAGCCCUGAAGCAGCCGCACGGCUACCCCGAGCCUGGCGCAGGCUCCCCCGGCAGCGGCUACGCGAGCCGCCGGCACUGGUGCCAUCACACGGUGACGCGGACCGUGUCCUGCCAGGUGCAGAAUGGCUCGGAGACGGUGGUGCAGCGCGUGUACCAGGGCUGCCGCUGGCCGGGGCCCUGCGCCAGCCUCGUGAGUUACAGGACCCUCAUCAGGCCCACGUACAGGGUGUCCUACCGCACGGUGACGGCGCUGGAGUGGAGGUGCUGCCCCGGCUUUACAGGGAGCAACUGUGAUGAGGAAUGCAUGAACUGCACCCGGCUCAGCGACAUGAGCGAGCGCCUGACCACGCUGGAGGCCAAGGUUCUGCUUCUAGAAGCGGCCGAGCGGUCCCCAGAGCCGGACAACGACCUGCCAGCCGUGGGCAGCACGGCCCCGCCCUGGAACCAGGACUUUCUCCCCGGCGCCAUCCCUCUCGCCUACCCGGGGUCCCCCAGGAGAAGGCCCACGGGCCCAGCCGGGCCCCCGGGGCAGACGGGACCACCAGGGCCUGCAGGCCCCCCAGGCUCCAAAGGUGACCGAGGUCAGACAGGAGAGAAGGGCCCGGCGGGGCCUCCUGGGCUCUUGGGGCCACCGGGGCCCCGGGGGCUUCCUGGAGAGAUGGGGCGCCCCGGCCCCCCAGGACCCCCGGGCCCAGCAGGCAGCCCGGGCCUCCCCCCAGACGGCCCCCAAGGCGUCCUCUACUCCCUGAAGCCCUCUCCCGACAGCGACGAUGGCGACUCCCAGCUGACCCCUGCGGUCAUGGACACAGUGCUGGCCGGUGUCCCCGGCCCCCGGGGCCCCCCUGGCCCCCCAGGUCCACCCGGCCCCCACGGCCCCCCGGGACCCCCAGGAGCACCCGGAUCCCAGGGCGAGCCUGCCACGAAGGCCGACGGCGGGGAGAAAGCAGCCAGCGAGGGUGAGGGGGUACAGCAGCUGCGGGAGGCCCUGAAGAUCCUGGCCGAGAGGGUCCUCAUCUUGGAACACAUGAUCGGGGUCCACGAUCCCCUGGCGUCCCCCGAGGGCGGCUCCGGCCAGGACGCGGCCCUGAGAGCCAGCCUCAAGAUGAAGCGGGGUGGCCCCCCGUCCGACGGCGUCCUCUCUGCCCUGCUCGGCCCGGACCCUGGGCAGAAGCGCGCCGACCCACCAAGCAGCAGGAAAUGAGCCCCACGCCCCAGGAGCAGCCCCGGGCCUGGCCGGAGACCCCGUGCGGGCUGGGGCUCCAGCGUGGACACUUGCGAGGAGUGUUGGGGCCUUGGGGACGGACGGCGCCUCCAAGCACAGGGACUGGAGGGGACAGCAUCCCAGGGAGAGCCCCUCCCUCCCCCUGUCCCCCCACACCCUGCAGGCGACAGGGAGGGGGGCCUGGGGAGGCACGGGGUGGGGGGCCGUCCUAACUCUCGUCAUUUAUGGAGUCGCAGCUGCUCCGGCCUGUCCAGGAGCUGGCCGAGUCGCCUGACUUAAUCCUUGUAGCCCUCGUGUUCUACGGGGCGAGGCUCACAGGCUCACGCGCCCCGCCAGGGCUGCUGGACAGAGGAUGGCCGGGGUGGGAUUCGAACUCGGGCCCCCUGAAGCCUUGUCCUCCGGCCCCUGCUGGAUUCCCAUCUUCCCUGGAGAAGGUUGGUGGCACCCUGCACCGUGGGCUCAUUUCCCCGGCUUGGGGUCUGCUCCACGGGCCUGGGGGGCCAGGCCUACAGCAGGGAGAAUCUAAAUAGACAGUCGUGUGGACUUGGGGGCCACGGGAGACAGGCACUGGGGGCGCAAGGGUCCCCCAGGCCCAGUUGGCGUCCCCACCGCUACUUCCCAGUCUCCCCCUCCAGCUCCUCCCACCCCAGAGGAGGGGACUGCGUGUGGGAGGCGCCCCUCCCCCUGGGAAAUCCCCAGGGUCUGCCCCUUGUGCCAGGUCGGCCACAGACUGGAGAGAGGACAGUGCCUGAGGCCCACCGCCCCGGGCAGCUCCUACCAUGGUCCUCAAGGCCUCGUGGGCCCUGCGUCCCCCGCGCCCCGCCUGGCCCUGGCGUCCCUCUCCCGCUGGGCCGUGCUGGGGCUCACAAUCAAAGGUGCUGGCGCCACCCUGGGGCGCAACUCCCUCCGUGGCCGGAGCGCCGGUCCCUCCCUGGUGCUGUUGGUUUUCCUGAGAGGCUGUGGCUCCUUGCGGAGUGCAUCUCUCUGCGGCCGCGUGCUGUCACAUUUGUUACUGUAUCUGACAAUACAGGUGCUGUCCCCACUG